AAAAGCGGAGGCUCUUCCUUUUGGCUUCGUCCACUCCUUGUCGAGCAUCUCAUGACUCCAAAUCAAUGGAUUUCUUCGAAAAGCUGACAUGAAAACGGGAGGAACACAUUGUAACCUGUGUGGGGACUUUGGGUUGAAAUCAAUUGGAGGGAAGACAAGGACAUUAACGGCACAGUUCUUUGGCGAUUAAGAGGAUUGUGAUCUCUUUCAGUGACGGAAAAUCCCCUUGGUCCAUUUGAGACCCUGAUAAUUUCUUGCAUCAUAUCAACACCCGUGUAUGAUGUAACUAUUUCCCACUAUGUCGCGGCCGCUGCUUCAAUAAUGGUGACCAUUCUGACAACCAUAAUCAAAAUACAUACACCUGGAGGGAAACAAACGACGCUUGCAAUCGGUGGUGUUGCAUUGGCGAUAAAGAAUGCGGUAGUGUUUCGUCGUCUCAGAUGAUGGAAUGCGGAAUAAUCGUCGCCGAGCCUCGCCGUAUCAUUCCCCGUUCGGUCCACUCUAUAUAAGCAACCAGCUCUGUGCCUCCGAACUCGAUACCAACUCGGAAGUCGAGAUGCCAGAAGGUCCCGGAAGGUCCAGAUCUCUGUUCGAGCCCUCCUGAAAGACCACUUAGAUUGGCGACCAAAUCGCACACCUUUUCAAUACCAGGAGUUGGAUUCGGCCGCACUUCAGUGUCGAAGGCCCAGUAAGGAUCGGGCUCGCUCACCCUCGUGAAAACAUAAAGCGGAGUUGAAAACGAGCCCAAAUCCGGUCGACUGUGACUGUAUGCCCUUGAGAAAGC